CCGGGAGGCGGGGUGGGAUUUCCCCCCACGUCCCAGGGCUGGCGUCCAGCCGCACUCUGGGGGCAGUGUGAUGGUGCGGUGACCCAACAGCACUCUGCUCUGAGGAGGCAGGAAAGCUAGGGGCGAGUAGCCCCCCAAAUGAGGGACUAGCAGCAGCAGCUAGAAAAUGCAGUUGGGGUUCCAACCCUCAUGUCUUGGGUCAGCAUUUCUGAGUCCCUAAGAACGCAGGAGCUACCAUCCUCUGUCAGACGGCUGUUCAAUCUAAAUUUGCCGUGCCCAGCCCAAUCUGAUAGGGCUGUCAUAUGAGUUACAGGCAUUAACAACCUUCCCAAAUAUUUUCAGGGACCCAGCAUGGUCUCGUUUGUAUGACAGCAUAGCAUGAUCAGAACAUCGUAUCGACUUUGUCCUGGAGAUCAAAGCAUUGACCAAUGGCAAACUUGUUUCGUCACUGUCCAUUUUUCCAAUUCACCAGUCCAGUUUUCAUGCUCCUUUUCAGGCGGAGAGAGGGGGCAUUAAAACAGUCUUUGGGUCUGGUACAAUGUUAUAAUGCAACACUUUUGUUCUGGAAGAAAUUAUCUACAAAAUGGUAAUUUCCUUCUGCUAUUAGAACCAUGCGGCUCACAAAGGAAAACAUUCUGCAGAGCAGUAAUACGCUGUUCUUAAAAGAUUGGGCAUUGCUCCAAAGAAACUAAGGGUGUUUCCAAUCGAAGUCUAUAUUCAGAAUCCUCUGUAGACUGUGCUAGUUCAGUGCAGGCAAGACAGCUAAUAUUGAAUAUGUUACCUUUAGUUGGACAAACAUAUGUUUUAAUACACAUGCAUUGGGGAAGAUACUCUCUUCAGGAUUGACAGCUCUGGAAAAUGAAGUUCUCUCUAGCUACAGAUCAGGUGCAGGCAGAUCAAGCUUACUGGCAAUGUACCUAAGCCCUGAGCUGGACAGACCACCUUGGAAACAUGAUAGAAGAGUUCUCUCUCUCAAUCUGUUCGCUCUUUGGCUUUUCUGCCAAGUUUGAAAAUGGAACCGGUUGGCCCACUUGUUGACAAAGGUAUUUUUUCAUGACUGGGCAUGCCUCUCCACCGAAAACCUGACUGAAAUCCAGCAACUCACUUCACGCACACCACCAGACAGCCAUCAGACAGUAACCCCUUUAAUUCACUACUGCCUUGGGGUUGGAUUGGAACUGUUAACCUACAGAUGCAAGGCGCUAUAUCCUUUUACCAGACCCCCAACCAUUUAAAUUUUUUUAAUAAACAAAAGUAUAGAAUAACCCAGACCAGUACACAGAGAUGAUGAUCAUAAACACUGUCACCCCUCAAGGAAAUCUGUAGCCCCAAGGUUUUUUGUUUUCAAUCUCAUUUGCUGGUCCAGUAACCAGUUAUCCAAUUAUCUACAAUGUCCCUCAUUGGUUUGAGCAUCGGUAUGGCUAUGAACAUUUUGUCUUUGUUCAUUAGAGUGAAAUAUAUUGUGGUUCAGAUUGCUGAGUGCUCCCGGCCGUAUGGAACUCUUUACCUUUGAGUCACGGCAGUAAGAACCUCUCAACAUGCCAUUGGUUUGACUCUGUAACUUAGUUCAGUGUAAUAGCUAAGGGAAGUGGGCUCGAAUCUUAGCUGUGCUUCUGCCUAAUUUCUAGAUCUCAAGGGAAACAUCAUUGAUCGUAUACCUUUAAAAAAUAUUUAAUCUUAAUUUAACCCAUUUCUUCUUUUAAAGUGCUUUGUGGAAUACAAAUUGCACCCUGGCUGCAUAUACCAUAUGGGGGGGAAACUUUUAUGUUUCAGAGUAAAUUGUUUAUAGUGAUUCAGGGAGCUUGAGUUUUACAUCUUUGUCUUCUGUGAAGCUACCAUCUGUUCGUUCUCUCAUCCACUCUGUUGUUGUUCUGUAUGAGAAAAUAAAGAAUAAACACUGAAUUUCUGCCUAGGGCUUCCCUUUAAAGGAGCAUACUACAGAUGGUUUAGGUUUUUGCUAAACAAAAAUUAUCAUAUUUCAAAACCUAAUAAAAUACAUGCUUUCAGGAUUGUUUAUUCAUUUAAUUUAAAACAGGCUUUUUAAAUAAUUCUGCCGUUCACCUUCAGAAUUGGCAGCCCAAACAUUGCAGCAGGAUUUUCAGCCCAACCAUAUCUACAUUGCACUCCAGGCAUAAGAAACUGAAACUGACCCAGCUGUUUGGUUCCCUCCGCUCUAGAGAUGGCUGCAUUUUAGUGCUAGCGAGCUCAGGAGCGUGAUUCUUUGGAAACUUGUUUUUGCAGUUUAAAUGCUGAUGUGACAGUUGAAGUAGUUAUCCGAAGGACACCACCAAACUCACUUUUCACAGAGUCCCUGGCAGGGGACAUUCUUCAGGGAGACAAGAUGAAUAUCAAAGCAGUCAAAGUUCUGUGUCUAUUGGGGGUCUUUUUCCUCAUGCUGCUUGGGUCCCUCCUGCCUGUCAAGAUAAUAGAAGCGGAUUAUGAGAAAGCUCAUCGCUCCAGAAAGCUCAUUGCCCUCUGCAAUUCAUUCGGAGGAGGGGUCUUCCUGGCCACCUGCUUCAACGCCUUGCUCCCCGCCGUACGAGAAAAGCUUCAGGAAGUUCUCAAACUUGGGAAGGUGACCACAGACUACCCCCUGGCCGAGACCAUCAUGCUGGUGGGCUUCUUUAUGACGGUCUUUGUGGAGCAGCUCAUCCUGACCUUUCGGAAGGAGAAGCCUUCCUUCAUCGACCUGGAGACCUUCAACGCCGGCUCAGACGUCGGGAGUGACUCAGAAUAUGAGAGCCCCUUCAUAGCAUCUUCCAGAGGGCACACGCUUUACGAGGAGCACAGCCACCACUCCCACAGCCACGGCUUGAAUGUCCAGGAGCUUUCCCAAUCCAGCCCCUUGCGGCUCUUCAGCCUGGUGUUUGCCUUGUCUGCCCACUCCAUCUUUGAGGGCCUGGCCCUGGGCCUCCAGGAGGAAGGAAACAAAGUCAUGAGUCUGUUCCUGGGCGUGGCCAUCCACGAGACGCUGGUGGCUGUGGCGCUGGGCAUCAGCAUGGCCAAGAUCUCAUUAACACUGAAAGAUGCCGCCAAGCUAGCACUUACGGUGAGUUUGAUGAUUCCUUUGGGCAUUGGGAUCGGCAUGGGCAUCGAGAGCGCCCAGAACGUGGCCAGCAGCGUGGCUUCUGUGCUCUUACAGGGCAUUGCCGCGGGAACUUUCUUGUUCGUCACCUUCUUUGAGAUCCUGGCAAAGGAACUGGAAGAUAAGAACGAUCGCCUGCUGAAGGUCCUCUUCCUCGUCUUGGGCUACACGGCCUUGGCCUUGCUCAUCCUUUUCAAGUGGUGAAGGCUGGAGCAAUGGACAGUAAACCCCGACUCCUCCCCAUUGUAAAUGGUGCCGAGAACAAGACCCCUUUUCAGCCAAGCAGGGACGCUGAGGAACAUCACCAUCUGGGGGCUGUUUCCGCAUCAACCUGGCAAAGGGAGAAUUGUUCCCUAGGGGUUCACAGAAAAUAAGAUUGGGGAGUGACCAAAAAGAGGUUUCAUGUGGCAUUGUAACAGCGCUUUGGAGAGUUGGUGCAGAGAUUGCUGGAGGUCAUGGUGAAGUAGUUAGUUUGUAAUGUUGCCUCCAAAGGGCCCUUGUCAGCUGUGCAUUCUGCUGUUUAUCUAGAGAUCCCACCCCCAGCACAGGAUUACCUGCCUUUAUAUCCUGUGUCUCCUGCCAUCUGUCUCUGGGCUCCAAGGAGGUGAAAAGUAAUGGAGAAACCGAACUGAAAGCAGUCUGGGAUAAUGGAUCGUAAGACAGCACUAAGCUGCUUGUACCAGUUUAGUUUUGAGUAGAAACCUGGCUGGUAUUAUUACUUGCCAAAAAUAUCAACUGUUCUGGGAUACAACAAAUGUCUUUUAGGUGUGAUUUGGGCCAGGAUCCUCUGCUGGCAGAGCUUCUGUUAACCCACAAAAAGUCCGUUGGGUCGGUAUUGUUCCUGAGAGAUUAAUCAAAGAAAUAGGCCAGAGUCCUUUUUACCCCCACGUGUGUCAUGUUCCAUCACCAUUGUCUGGCCCUUCAUUGCACAGUCACUCGUGAAUCUCUAGGAGUUUGGUAAUGAUCACUUUGAAAAAUUUUAACAUUAAAAUCCAAAAUCCUUUCCAAAGCAUCCAGGGAGCUCUGGCUGCAUGGUCUUGACUUUGUACAAAUGAAUGUUUGCAAUUUCUAGAAUCCAUAGUUAGGUCAUUUCAAUUGUCUGAGGUGGAUUUUGGUUUGUGGGGGGGAGGUCACCCUUGGACGGAUCCGAAAUGACUCUCCCAAAGCCAUGUCUUUGUGCUAACGUGUUUGCUUCUCUCUUAUAACGGCACAUCUGUCCCAUACAGUGACCGAUGAGGACCAACUGAUGGUGUCUGGCAACCAAUAUUUUAAUCGCUACAGAACACCGGAGUUAAUUAAUCUUACUUGGAAGAAAUGGGGAGGGGCUAAUUUUAGGCCUCAGAUGACCCCAGUUAGCAAGGGCAAAUUAAAAUACAGUUUGGCUUGAUGUGCCAAUUUGGUUCCCAAAUACAGAAUUGCGGGCAGGUGGCAUUGCAAACUUUCUCUCUGUUUUCUCUCUUGUAGCUAGCCACCACAUGGAGGUUUGAGUCCAACGCUGCAGUCACAGCCUAUCCUGCUGCUUCUAUCGCUCGCCCUUCAUUCUGGCCUCUUCAGGGCUUUGAUGGCGAGACAGGCAUAGUGUCCAUAAUGGCUUGGCUAUUUCUGCGUGUAAAAACAUUGUUAGAUGUGCAAACUACGCAACGGCUGUAGGGAGUAUACUUGGGGGUCUUUGAUGCCAUGAGAUAGGAUAGAUUGUAUUCUUUCCUGCUCUCCCACACCACCUUAGUAUCCGGGAAUCUUAUCAGUUUGGUUUGGAUCUUGGAUCGUCUUCACCACUGGAGUGGCUGAGACCUGGGGGAUGAGUCUUGAAGUUCUGAGUUCAAUUCUGACUCGGCCACAGAAGCCCCGAGUGACCUUGGGUAGGUCUUUCUCCCACUGUAAAAAGGGGCUGAUGAUAUUUAUCCUGCCUCUUGGGGGUGUUGUGAGAAUUAGUCAGUUAUGUCCCAGCUAUGGAAGUGCUGAGUAUUAUCACUAAAAAGGGUUGCGUGUGCAGUGAGAAUGGAUCCCAACGUGUUUGAUGUGAGCGUUAAUGUGAAACAAGCGAGGCCACGGGCAGUUUGCAAGGGGGCUGGUUUUCUGUGGUUCAUUGUGUAAAUCAGAGGUGGGAUGGGUAUUGCUGCUGCUCUAAAGGUGGUCUGCGUCUGUCUGCAGACGCUUUUGUCCUGCGCAGGCUUCAUCUUGCAGGUAGGCUGCCAGAUUUGAGCCCCUCGCAGACAGUGGACGUGGGCGGUGUCUAAGUCCCAGGGUUUUCACUUGCCCAUUUGUUCAAGAGCAUUUUGUUUUCCUCCACUUCCACAUUCAGGAUCUUCCCCCAUCCUCCAACCCUUAGGUGGCUAGGCAGGGCUGAUAUUACAGUGUGAGACCGGCAGCCUCUAUAGACUAUCACAUGUACAGGCCUGACAAUUCUCUUAUGCGCACACUGUGACGGGGGCUGUGUAUUUUGGGGUGACGUGACCUGGAGAAGCGAGGUGCAGAAAAGUUGGAUCUCCCUUCUGUCGUCAGAGGAGCUAAAAUCCCAAGGUGGUAUCCAGGUUUGCAUUUCUCCUGUGGCAGACCACAACCACGGGCAAUGACUUCCUUUUUAGUGGAGCUCCCACACCUGCCAGCACUUGUUGGAGCACCUCCUGUUUGCUGAAUGUUAAUCAGAGCAAGGUAGGAGAUGAAGUGCCUCCCUGUGAGUGAUCCACAGCCUGAAGGAUGCUCUCAAGCUGAAGCAAUAGCCAAGGCUUAUCCCAGCAAAGCUCCAGUGAGUUGCAGGACCCCAGUCCAUACCAGGGAUAGAUUUCCUGGCCCAGAAACAUGCGCUUACUCAGUGGUACUUCUGGGUGAAGUGUCCCUCUCUGCAGAGUUUAUCCGGAGGAGAGAGCCAGAGUCCAUGUUUCCUUCUCUGGGAAAGUAGCAGCAUCUUCUGUCAGCACCUAUCCCCCACCCUGUUACUGCUGAGUGGGUGCCUGGCUCAGGAGUGCAGGCGAGAUUGCGUACUCUGCUGAGACACACAGGAAAGCUGCCCUGUGGCUCUGGGCAUGUGUUUGUGUGUGCGCACAUGUCCCCUCCCUUCCCCCUCCGAUGUCCCGUCUGUCCUGUCUCCCCCCGGCCAGUGCUGCAGAUUUCCUACCAUGGAACAUGGCUUUUAUUUCAUCUUGACAUUCCCAUCUCAAGAUCACAGGACAGACUGCUGGCCUUUAUGGAUGGGGAGCUGCAAGGUCCAGCCCAGGCGCUGCACCGUGCUGAAAUCCUCCCAGUUGCAGCCGAUGGUAGAAGGGCCUUUGCAGCCAUUUACAUGGACAGCAUCAGACUGGGGCAGGCGAGGGGUCGUUCAGCUCCUCUAACUGAAUGUCAUGCGUGCAAAUACCAUGCAGAGGAAGGGCUGCUCCUUUCCAGCAUGGGAUAAGUGAUGUAGACGUGCUCGUGGAUCCUAUCCAGCCCCCUGGGAUAAUGUUUGGUCUGCCGAGGUUUUAACUUGUUCUAGCCAGCGCUCAGCCUGCAGAUUCUUGUAUCGGGAAUGUCUAUACUGCCAUUUCUAGCCCCGCCCCCCGCAAGCCAGAAUCAAGUGACCCAGGUUCGGUGCCUCGGCCCCCCAGUAGACGCACCCUACAACACAAAACAAGACAAUGGCCAAACUUAAAACUGGUCCUUGUAACAAGGAGCAAUAACUGGCUUUAGCCCAGAGUAGAAAGAAUGGUGAAAGGUCAGGGAAUGUGAGUGGCUAUGAAAAUGUCACUUCCUUUUUUGUCUCUCUCAUAAACGCUGGGUUUCUCCAAAGGCUUGUCAAUUCGAGAAUAGUGCUGUGGUUAGAGAGAGGUAAUGGAAACAUCCCCUUGGCAGGGCAGAAGGUGUGUUCUCCAACCAGAUAGCCGAUUUUUACCUUCUGUUAAAGGCCAAGUGAACUGUACCACUUUGGUGUAGCUUUCAGUUUCAAAAUAGCUUAUUUUACAGGCACAGGUCCGCUUCUGCAGUCGGAUCCACAAAGAGGGAGCCUGCACUAAUACAGAUCUGAUCAGAAAAUCAACCCUAAUGAAGGGACAAAUAAUUGAGUACACUGUGGGGCAUGAUGAAGUUGUGUUUGUCAUGUGUCCAUAUGAUUGUUGGUUCCCAGACGCGCUGACUGACCCUUCUUACCCUGCCUCUGUACCGUAUUUCAUUGUGGUCUGGGGUAAUGUGGCUUUGAGCUAGACAAAUGCAAUGAAUUGAAUAGAAUAUAAGCGAAAAUCCAUCAGCUGCUCUGAGUUUAAGACAGCCCAUUAGCGAGGAGGGCUUCGUGGGAAGUGAAUUUUAGAGCGCACUGGGGUUCUUCAGUGCUUGUGUCACAUCCUAAAUGAAUACGUGUGAAUGGGGGCAUGGUCAGAUCUAAAUGUCAGAUAACCUGGGUUAGAAAAUCAGGGGCUGUUGGGAUUUAAAUGAGUAUUUAACCCCUGGGCCUUGUUGGGCAUUUUUGAUUGUAGUUCUCUGACCUUCUGGGGAUCCCUUUGUAAGAGGGAGAAUCUCUUCUUGGCCCAUCUGCCCUCCUGGCAUCCAAGUCCCCCAUCCGUGAUUGUCACUGUCCUCUUCGGUGGCUCUGUCCGGAGAGAGGUGUUUGUCUCCUAGCUGAGGGGUUGGGGUUAAAAUCAUGCCAAAGCAGACAACACUAGCUACGAGAUGUCUUUGAAAGAUCUCUCUGUGGUGUCCAAGGGUCAUCUGCUCAGGAUGGGCAAAUCUCUGCAUGUACCCCAAGCUAUUAGGAAAGGGCUAAAGGCAUUUUCAGAUUGUUUGGACACACACACACACCAGUAGAGAGAGGGGCUGUUACAGCUUAAAAUACUCCUGUGGGGAUUGCUCUUAUACAAGAGAUUGAGUUCACAGAAGAGGAAAGGGUACCCCUCAAGUGAAUUGAAAGUCUUCCUGGUAUGGACUGAGGUUUGUGCCAGAUGCAGUCCCAACCUUCAACGCGUCAUCCUAGCAGGAUUGAUCGUACUUGUUAAUAUUCCUGCAGAAGUACCCUUUGGAGCCAAGCCUGGCGUGUGUGGGGCGGGGGGUGUUGGUCAUUCAUCCUCCUCAGUUUCCAGGGUUCCAGCUUGGCUGAUGGAAGGGGUGAGCCCUUUGCAAUCAAGGCAGGUUUCUCUUUUGAUAGACUUUGGGAUUUAACCUCUUAAGAGCCACAAACGUGGCACAUUUUGCAGGUGGAUCAGGGCUGCGGGGUUGCUAAAAGCACUGUCUGAGGUCACACCUUUUCCUGUUACUCUGCUGUGCUCCAGAAUGAUCCACCCAGGUGUGUGAUGGGAAUAUUUAUUUAACUGAGCGGGCAACUUGUGGUUAUUAUUUGUACAGUUGUUAUUUUGUUUAGAAAAGCAGAAAGCUGACAACUGCUCCCAAUAAACCCUUGGUUCUUUUCUUGA